AUGGAAAGAGACAUAGUAAUCCAAUUGGGAAUCCUAAUCUUAACCCUCGCCAUCUUCUACCUCCUUCACACCCUCCCCAAACGCGCCCUCCGCUCCAAAUCCCGCCCCAACAACCAGGCCCACCGCCACUUCAUCGCGGGGGCUCAGCUCCUCGCCCGAGCCCGAUCCACCAAGACCAAGUCCUCCUCCUUCUCCCUCGCCAAGUCCGCCCUCGACGAGGCCGACAAGGCCCUCGCCCUCGACCCCCGCGACCCCGCAUCCCACAUCCUCAAGGCCAUGGCCCAGACCCUCAUGGGCCACAAGGCCGCCGCCCUCAAGUCGCUCGAUGUCGCGCUCUCGCCGCCGGCCGUCAAGGCCCUUUCAAACAGGGAGAAGGGAGACGCGCUCGUGAGACGAGCCGACCUCCUCAUCGGGCUGAACCGGAAGAGGCGGGUCGAUUCGGCCCUUGCGGAUUUGGAAGAAGCGGUCGGGCUCAGCCCGGAUAAUUCGAGGGCUUUUUGUUUGUUGGGCCAUUGUUACGAGAUUAAGGAGAUGAGGGAAGAGGCCCGGACUGCUUUUCAGAAGGCCCUUCAACUUGAGGCCGGUUUGAAAGAGGCCCAUGAUGGCUUGGCGCGAUUGGCCUCUUGA